GCCGUCCGUCCACUGGAGGCCCGGUAGAAUGAGCCCAGGAGGAGUUUGCCGGCCCUUCUUCUUCGUCUCUCUUUUUUAUUUCCCUGCCUUAUCCUCCGAGGAAAAAAGGAAGGCCACCAGCCUUGGUUGCUGCCCUCUGCUGCUUCCCAACGCUCCUCUGUUUUUUCUCUGGCUCUCAUGGAGGCCUCCAUGCUCGUGGCUCCCAAGCCCUCCUUGCUGCUCUCUCCGGCGAGGGGAGGUCCGUCCACGACGCGCGGAUGGGGACGGGGGCGGGGCUGCGUCGUCUUCGGCGCCGGCGGCAACAAGAACCCCGAGACACGGCAGCCGGAAGGUAGCGCCGUCGGGAGCGAGCCGGGCAAAGGACCCCACGGCCACCUCCAAUCCCUGGCGGCGGCGACGGCGGCGGCGGCGGCCGUGAGCAGCAGCGCCGUCGCCGCGACGUCUCCGGCGGCGGCGGCGGCCGUGAGCAGCAGCGCCGUCGCCGCGACGUCUCCGGCGGCGCAGGAGCCAGCGCUGUCGUACUACUACGGGGCGGCGGCGGUGCUGGGGGAGCUGGACCCGGCGACGGCGAAGACGGUGAUCGGGGUGGCGGGGCCGGCGCUGUCGGCGCUGGGGUUCCUGUUCGUGGCGCGGAUCGUCAUGUCGUGGUACCCGAGGCUGCCGGUGACCAAGUUCCCCUACGUGGUGGCCUACGCGCCGACGGAGCCCAUCCUCGCCGCCACCCGCCGGGUGAUCCCGCCGCUGGGCGGCGUCGACGUCACGCCGGUGGUCUGGUUCGGCCUCGUCAGCUUCCUCAGCGAGAUCCUCGUCGGGCCGCAGGGCCUCCUCGUCCUCCUCUCCCAGCAAGUCUCACCCUCCCCAUAAAAUCUUAGCUUACCCCAAACUACAUUCUUCUUCCUCGGUGUGAUAUAUGAGCUUAUAUAUUAUGGGUACGUGUUGAUGAGCUUUCAACAUGCGAAAUUUUGGCAAGAAACAGUUGAGCUCCCGA